UUUGUUUCGUGUCAUUCGGACGAAAUGAGUGCAGCAACAUUGCCAAUGGUCGGCGUUGAGCCAAAGAAGACGAGCCCGGUCCAGUUUGCGCCCGUGCUGCGCUCGUUCAUUGCAGCCAACUACAAUGAGAAUCCAGACAAUUUUGCUGACGCGUUGACCGCGCUCGACGGUCUACGUGCAUCGGCCGCACAACCCGAACGCUCUGAUGCGGGAUUGACCACGUUGAAGCAGUACUGCGCUCAACUGCGAGCAUUGCAGAGUCGGUUCCCCAUCAGCGAGAACGAUGUCCGGAUUGCAUUUGUCUGGUACGACGCCUUCCUCGGCCAGAAAACGCCCAGCCUGAGCUUCUCGGCGGCCAAGGAUGAGCGCAAGCUGUCACUCUUCUCGUCCAACUACGAGCUCGUGUGCAUGCUCUUCAACGCUGCUGCAGUUCACAUGCAGAUUGCUCUUGCUCAGAAUCGCGGAACGGAAGCGGGUCUGAAAAUCGCCUGCAACUCGUUCCAGAGCGCCGCCGGAUUGUUCCAAUUUCUGCGUGCCAACGUCCCCGUCCUGAUUACUGGGUUUACCGUCACUCCCGACCUGCGCAAUGACGUGCUCAAUGCUCUGGCUGCCAUUUCGAUCGCCCAGGCGCAAGAGUGCUUCUUCCUGAAGGCUGUUCUCACCAGCAUGAAGGACUCGAUCGUUGCCAAGCUGGCUGCCCAAACAGCCGACUACUUUGAGCAAGCGGCCACUGCAGUGGCAGGCGGCGACGCGCGCGCCCUCGUCGACAAGGGCUGGCAACCGCUGUUCCAAGCCAAGCAGUACUACUAUGCCGCCCUCACCCACUUCCACGAGUCGCAAGUCUGCAAGGAGAAGGAGCAGUACGGCCUGCAGCUUGCACGCCUCUCCACGUGCGACCAGCUGUGCCAGUAUGUGGAAAAGAUGAAAAUUGCCAACUUUGACUACCGCUCGCUCCAGCAAAAGGCGGCGCGUCAAUUCGUCGCGACCAGCAAGGACAACGACGUGAUUUACCACGACCCCGUCCCUGCCCAGUCCUCCAUUCCGACGACCACGCGCGCACCCAUGGUCACCCCCACCGCGUUUGAGCUCGACACGAGCCUGCAGCUCAGCCACGACCUCUUUGGCAAGCUCGUCUCCCUCAAUGUGCUGCAGCAAGUGUCGACGUACAAUGCUCGCAAGGACGAGUUGAUUCGCACCGACACGGCCCAGAUUGAGUCUGCCCGCAACAUGGCCAACAGCAUGCUUGCCUCUAUGAACCUGCCGGCCUCCAUCGAGGCACUCGAGCAACCUGCGGGCCUGCCUCCGGCAAUCCUUGAAAAGUCGGAAAAAGUCCGCACUGCAGGCGGCGUGCGCCAGUUGAUGGAAACGAUGGACGCCAAGCAGUCGCUCUUCCGCAAUGACAGCGACGUGUUGACCGAGGCAGAGAAUGUCCUCAAUGAGGAGCAGCGCGACGACGAAGCCAUGCGCGAGCAGUUUGGCGCAAAGUGGACGCGCACACCAUCGGCCGCUCUCACCAGUCAGAUGCGCGAGGAAAUUGCCAAGUUCCGCACCGUUCUCCGCAAGGCUCACGAUUCGGACGGUAUUGUCUCUACCAAAUUUGACGAGCAUCGUGAGAACAUUGCCAACCUGUGCAAGCCUGCGAAUGAGCUGAUGGCCCUUGUGCCAGCCUCGAGCGCAGCAUCCAUGAGCCCCCAGACCGCGGACGCUGUCGCUCAACUCAAGCGCCAUUUGGCAGACAUUACGACGCUCUUGUCCCAGCGCGACGCCAUGGAGCGAGAACUCAAGUCGCUUGCAUCGCAAGACUCGAUCGCCGAACAACUGAUGCGACAUGCGGAUGAUGACGCUGCAAGUGUCAUGGAACAGCAACUGCAGCGGUACCGACCGCUCCAAGCACGUAUCGCUGACAGCAUUCGCACGCAAGAGCAACUGCUCGAGUCGAUCCGCGUGACGAACGAGCAGUUUGUCGCACUCAAGGAUAGCAACACGGCCACCAACCAACGUGAGGUUGCUCUCCGCAAUCUGGACGUUGCUUACAAUGCCUUUGUUGAAAUCCAGUCCAAUGUGCAAGAAGGGUUGAAGUUCUAUGGCGAUUUCCUGCAACUGCUGCUCAAGCUGCAAAACAAGUGCAAGGAUUUGGCGUUUGCUCGCAAGACGGAGCAAAAGGAGUACCUCGCAACGCUGACGCGCGAGAUUACCACUCAACCAACCGGCUCCAUUCCAAGCUUGCCGGCAGCUGGCUCGGAACAGCAGGGCAGCGCCUCGCCAGUGCCCCAGCCUCUCCCCCGAAUCGAACCUGGGUCGGCAAACGCGCCUCGACCUGUCCCGGCGCCCCGCGUCAACCGUCCGCCAUUGUCGACCUCCGCUGCUGCAGCGCCCAGCUCAGUCCCGAACGUGUACGAGGACACUGCUCCCCCUGCCGUUGCCCAGCGCGCCCCCGCUCCCCCGCGCCCUGACUACCCGAGCUCGUAUGCGCCCAGUGCACCCGAGUCCAACUAUGCAGAAUUGGACCACAGCCGCUUCAACGCCUCGCAACAGCAGCAGCAACCCUACAGCUCGUCACCGCAGCCACCGUACGGCCAGCAGCAGCCACUUCCGCGGGAUUACGCGCCACAGCCACAGCAACCGCUCCCGCGAGAUUACGCGCCGCAACCACAGCAGCGAUACAACCAAUCUCUGCCGUACCCACAACAGCCCCAACAGCAGCAGGCAUAUGCUCCUCCCCAACAGUACGCGCCAUCUCCCCAGCAGUACGGUCAACCGCAGCAGCAGUACGGUCAACAGCCCUACGGCCAGCCGCACUACGGACAGCAGUCUCUGCCAUACCCGCAGCAACCAGGCUACGGCGGACCACAACAGCAGCAGCCUCCUUAUGGGUACCAGCAACCGUAUGGUCAGCAACAGCCACCUCCGCAGCAGUAUGGCCAGCCAGGCUAUCGCUAUUAGACGAGAGGCAUGCUUGACUUGAGAGUGAAUCUGUGUCGUAUGUGCGGGUGUUGAGCUUUGUUGAGGAAACAAAAAAGUGUAAAACCGUUGCAAACUCUUUUGUUGUUUGUUGUUGUUUUAUUGAUUGUUUUUUUUCUGUUUGUUUGUUGCUCCAGCCAAUAAAUCUGGAACUUUUGUCGUGA